AUGCCGGAAAAGCUGUCGGACCAGCAGACUGCAGGAAAGGGGCAGUUGCGUCAGUUGCAGUCCAGACCGUCCAGUCCGUUGGGAAAUGAGAACACCGCUUUGGCAGACCCUACUACUCCCGGCCGCAGGCGACUACAGAAGCACUCUUCGACGACUUUCCUCUCCGAUGCCUCCUCCCACAUCUCGAACAAUCUUGUUGGAUCUCGACUGAGUAAUCUGAGCAAGCGGAGGCUCUCGAUUCGUGAUCAGAAGGUGCCCCAGGGACCGCGGCCACAAGAGCAACCACGCAGGUUUGAAUCCCCUCAUCUGUCCGUUCAACUGCUUUGCACCACCGGCCAUUGCUCGUCAUAUCAAAUAUCUAACAUGCGCGUGUAUUGCAGCUCGGGCGCGGUUCACCACCACUCUGGCAAUUCCUCCAUUGACUCGACGAACGGCUCUCUGAAGAACAGCACAUCCCGUGUUAGCCUGCGGUCCACUAGCAUGAGUAAUUUUGCUCACCAGAAUCCUACCGAGAGCAUGGAAUUCCUUACUCCUGUCAACUUCGAUGAUUUUCACAAUAGCAUAAUGACAGAACCGAAUCUAAGCCACUUCCCCAUGCCGACGGCCCCAGGGACUGGGAACGAUCGACAACCCACCUCUUUUCAUCCAACUAAUCCAUGGGCUAGCAAUAAUGCUGAUAAUACCACGUCCGGACAAGCGCGAGGCUAUCCGUCACGAAGAAAGAGCCUUAUUGGGCAGAAUAUUUCCGCAGACACGUCCUCUCGCCCGCCAGCAUCGACUGUCGCCAGCCGAAACCGCCGUCAAAGCCUUGUUCAAGGCCAGGCGCCGACGAACCCUACACCCCGGGCACCUCGAAAAUCAAUCGGCCCUGCAUCUCUACCUACUGCUGCCUCUGCGAGGCGGCAGAGUCUGUCAGCAAGAAAAGCCAGUGCAGACACAACGCGGCCUGAGCAGACAACCCACCUUCGACCACGGAGCCAGCACCAUGAAAUGAAUGGGAUUAAUGGUCCCAAGCUUCCGUCCAAUGUUCGAAGUGCAAAGGCCAAGUCCUUCCAACCUCCUCCAACCGAGGUUGGCGACAAUUUCCUUACGGCCACUGGGUUUGGAGAUCACUCUCGAUCAUCAUCAACCAAUGCCGUUCGCACUCCAGUGAAGAAUACAGUCGGAAGGCCUCCGUCGCCAACAUCUUCUGCAAAACGAGGAUCGGUGAUGCCUCCCCAUGCGACGGGCCUCGGUGCUCGCACAAUUAGUCCGACUGAUGCACGACGGUUGAAGCGUCUCUCAACGGCUCCUCAAGCCCAUCCAUUGCCCUAUACGCCGCCGAGUCAAACCGACCCUCUCCCGCAUCGUCCUCGCUCCACAACCCAUUCCCCUUCGAACAUUCCGCGAAAGAGUGCGACACCAUCCUCUAAUCGCACCACCCCCGAUCCGAAUCGGAAGUCCUACAGUUCGGGCUUGUCUUUAUCAUCGAACACUAGUUAUAACUCUGUGAGGAAUUCUGGCGGUUCAUUGCAAACAAGGUUGUCUCAAAACUUCUCGUCAUCUCGGCUCCCGACACCAAAGCCUCGUGUGGAGCAUUCCAUGAAUAGCACUGAAGAGGUCCCUCCAGUUCCUGCUAUUCCCAAAGCAUACGAGUCGCCAAAGAGCGAACUGGACCAACCGCAAUUCCCGGCGCCCCGCAAGUCUAGCCUACCUGUGGAAAUCGAACUUCUUAAAUCUACUCAUAGCUCCGCGCCGACCGCGACUACUGAGCAGCGGAACCCUGAGCUCUUGGACGAACACGGAAUGAAGACCCCCGAAGCCAAACCGAAACCCAGUGUUUCCUUUGGAAAAAAGAACAUGAAGCUGCCACCGCUAAAUUUACUUCCCUUGGGAACACCAAUGGCUUCUAAAAUCGAGGCACUGGUUGAGAAAGACGAUCAUUCGGACCCAUCCACCCCCUCUGCCCAAAUCACAUCCAAGACUCCAAGUACACCUUUGACUGCUUCAAAAGCGAACUACUUUACUUUUCGCGACGACGAAGAUGCCAACCCUCUUCCCCAGGCACGAAGCAGCACGUCUCAUUUUGCGUUGAGUACAUCCUCCAGCAUUGCUUUGAGGACCGCUAGCAGUUCUAGUGCGCUUGCUUCUAAUGACGGUCAUACUCCCGGUGGUGCUAGAACUGUGUCUCCGUACGUCUCUUACGCACUGCCGAAGAGCAACAGCGAUUUCAACCACCUCCGCCAAAAGCCGAGCGCAGACUACUCCUCCAGAGUAUCCCAGUCGUACAAGUUAACUGGACCUCGUCCUCAAACCCAGUCUUCCGGUCUAUCCAACACAGAGACAGUUUCCGUUCCUCCUGAUCCUGAUAACAAUGCCACGCCAACCACUUCUUUGCGCAACAAGCUCACCCUGUCACGCAAGCGGAGCAAUUCUAAACCCCAAGGGCUCAACGCGAAUACUGACCCCAAGAAAUCUGACUUGAUGCCUCCUCCUAAGCUUCCCGCUUCCGCCACAUGGAACAACCUUUCCACAGCGAAGGAUUCGAGCCCGACCCUGAAGCCGUCGUAUUUGAAAUCUAGGCGCCAGUCUUCAUUAACCAACGUGGCAAACCCGGCGCUCAGAAAACCAAGCUUCAGCAGCGAGCAGAAUUUGUCUCUGUCGCCGACAAUCUCUCGCGAAUCUCAUGAGAGCGACAACUCCCAGCACCGGUCCGCUACGUCAAUCCUUUCUCCGGUUCACAAAAUCAUCAGCUCGGCCAAGUCCAACAUGGCAUCUACGUCGCACUCCGCUGAAAGCCGUGCUGAUACAGAGGUUGCGAUUGCGGAUGAGGAGAUGCGAAGACUUGGCACUAAACGGAAGGACUUUGAGAAAGCCGCAAGGGAAUUGGAUGACCUGCGCAACAGGGCCGGACCUAAAGACCAUGUCAACCCGGCCCAGGCGCUGAGAGUGGCGCAUCUCAACAUCUUUGAGCGUGGGGAAAUUAUUGACUUCAAAGACAUCUACUUCUGCGGCACCCAAGAUGCAAAGAAGCAUGUCGGGGAUUUGAACCAACAGUCUACCAACUUCGGCUACGAUGAUGACCGUGGGGAUUACAACAUUGUCCUGGGUGAUCAUUUGGCUUACCGAUAUGAAGUGAUUGACGUUUUGGGCAAGGGUAGCUUCGGUCAAGUUGUCCGAUGUAUCGACCACAAAACGGGCAACUUGGUUGCAGUCAAGAUUAUCCGCAACAAGAAGCGAUUCCAUCAGCAGGCUCUAAUUGAGGUCAACCUUCUUCAGAAACUCAAAGAAUGGGAUCCGCAUCGUCGUCACAGCGUGGUAAACUUCACGCAGAGCUUCUACUUCCGAGGACACUUGUGUAUUUCAACUGAACUGCUAGGUAUCAACCUUUACGAGUUCAUCAAGGCGCAUGAUUUCAGAGGCUUCGGUAUCAAGUUGAUUCGGCGGUUCACGAGGCAAAUCCUCAACACCCUCACACUUCUGCAGGCAAAAAAGGUCAUCCACUGUGACCUCAAACCAGAGAACAUUCUUCUUGUUCAUCCUCUUAGCUCUGAGAUUCGAGUCAUAGAUUUUGGGUCCAGCUGCUUUGAGAACGAAAAGGUGUACACCUACAUCCAAAGUCGUUUCUACCGAUCUCCGGAGGUGAUUCUUGGAAUGUCUUAUGGCAUGCCAAUUGACAUGUGGAGUCUGGGAUGUAUCUUGGCGGAGCUCUACACUGGUUAUCCUAUUUUCCCCGGUGAGAACGAACAAGAGCAGCUUGCCUGCAUCAUGGAAGUUUUUGGGCCACCGGAAAAACACUUGAUUGAGAAGAGCACCCGAAAAAAGCUAUUCUUUGAUUCUCUUGGAAAGCCAAGGAUCACAGUUUCCUCCAAAGGGCGGAGACGUCGCCCUAGCUCCAAAGAGCUGAGACAGGUACUGAAGUGCGAUGACGAGCCCUUCUUGGAUUUCAUUGCGCGCUGCCUUCGAUGGGAUCCUCAACGCCGUCUAAGCCCUAGCGAAGCUCUUAGACAUGAAUUCAUGACAGGUCACAGAAUGGUGCCCAAGGCCAGGCCAUUCGGCAGCCACUCUCCUGGCAAACGGGUGAAUACUUUAUCAACACCGACCGCGAGUCGCCCUCUUCCAGAACCGCCCGGAACGAGUUUCAAGAACGGCACCGUUGUGCGCAGUCGCGACCCUUCAAAUUCGUCGCCUAUAAAGGCGACUUCUGGCAAGCGUCACUCAACCGUCAGCGGACUGCCACCAUCAACACCCGCCAAGCGAGCGACGAAUACCACCGCCACGCCUGGCUCCGCCUUGCCUCGCGCUUCCGCGAGAAGCAUUAGCGGAAAGCCCGACCUUGCGACAGCGGCGGCCGCGACAAGCUUGGUAGGUAGACCGGCUGAUGCACAAGUCCGAACCUGA